CAGGCUGUGGCGGGGCCGACAGCCGGAGUUUGCAGGCCUGGCAGCGCCGGCUCAGGCCUGUUCCCACCGAGGGAACUGCAUAGCAUUGCGGUGACAGGACCGGUGCUGGCGUGUGGGAGAGUCCGGCUCCUUCAGAGGGCCGACAGCUUCGGCACAGGCUGCCCUCCCACUGGGAGAACAGCUGGAGCUGACACGAGGGGGCCUGCAUCACAGACACCAGCAGGCCCAGCCUGCACGAGGCCCCAAGUGGCUGUGAGAGCCCUUUGGGGCACAGCCUCCCACCCUCAGCCAGGUGUGGAGGACCCCACGUCGACAGCAGGCCCCAGCACCAGCCUGCUGUGCAGCCCAGCCCACUGGCUGGUGCCGUGUCCCCAUCCACCAGCAGGCACUGGGGCAAGCCACGCACAGCUGAGGCCCUGGUGGAGCAGGUCCUGGCUGGGCUGCAUGCAGGCGCUGGAGAGGGAACACCCAGCAGCAGGGUCCCUGCCCUGGCAGAUGUCCCACGUGCCCGACUCCCACAACAUGGGGGAGGUGAGGAGGGAGUGUGCAGCCGCCCACACCUCCCUGAGCAAAGUCAUUGUGUGGCACAGACAGCUGGCGCUGCAGCUGGGGGGCACGGCUGACUCGCCCCGGCUGCGGGAGGAGCUGCAGGAGCGGAGCAAGGAGGCGCACGAGCUCAGCAAGGGCCCGCCUCCCUCUCGUCCCGGAUCUUCUGCCCCAGAGCCAGGACUGUCACUAGCAGCAGUCAUGGGCAGUUUGAGAGCUAAUGCUUGCAUCCCUGGCCAGUGCCUUGUCCCGCUGGAGAGUAACAGCCAGCUCCCAUUGCCAGGCCUGCGGAACAUGCUCCUAGCCGGGCUGAGGCAGCCCCUGGCCAGCCCAGAGGAGCGGCAGGAGCUGGAGAGGCUGUGGGUGUUGUCCCUGUCAGCUCUGGAGCUCUUCCACCAAGACCUGCACAGGGCCCAUCAUCUCUGCCAACUCUUCCCCCUGCAGGGGCGGGGGGUGCAGCUGCUGAGCACUGGAGUCACCGGGAAGGCCACAGAUGGAGGGCACAAGCCCUGGAGGAGGCCAAGCUGCAAGGGCGCCAGAAGCACAGAGCAGCUGGGUGCUGCCCCUGGCCUGGAGGAGCAGAUUGAGCAUGUGGGGACCAUGCUGCUGGAGAUGGAGACCAGAGUCAAUGUCCCUGUCUGGACAGUGGAGGCCACAGAAGAGGCCGGGGCUGAAAGCAGCUUGGCCUUUGAGGCAGAGGGGUCGUGCAGCGAGAGACAGGCUGCAGAGGAGGCAGGUGGCCCAGGGUGCUGCGGGCAGCGUCAGGGCUGGCCCGCACUCUGCUGCACAUUGUCAUGACCAGCUCCCCAUGCAAAGGGGCAGGACUUUGCUUGCCCCAGAAGACCCAGAACAGGGACCCUCAGCCACAGCAGCCCAGAAAGGCAAGUUUCUUUGAGCACAUGGAGCCCAGCGGGAGAACCAGGAAGAGGUGCUCUGGCUUGGGGUAGGAACAGGUUGGCUGAGGGCUCCCCUGCCAGCAGGGCAGUCAGCUCAGCGAGCACAUAGGACAGCAGUGGCAAGGUGAGGGAGCACUGCAGGCCAUGGGAAGGGUGGUGAAGAGCCCCCCAGCACUGGAGGGAGUCAUGGCAGAGGAGACUGCUGGGGGAUUAAUAAACCCCAUUGUUCUCCCACUUGUGUUCAUUCCCUGUAGAGCCUGCAAAGUGCCCCUGCCCCAGGGAACCAUUUCCACACCCACAGCAGUGGUGGUGAUGGAGGUGCCUGGAGGUCACAGAGAUCUGUGCUUGGAAUCCCCAUCUGCUGGGGUGACUAGCCCCAGGUGGUGGGAGAUCAGGAGCUGAGAGCUGCCUCAAGGCAGGGCCAGGCCCUCUUGGUUCAAAGUGUCCAUGGCAGCCUGGCCAGAGGGGGCCACUGCGGCCCAAGACACUACCCAGCCAAAUGCAAGUACUAUGAGCUGUGCAAAACCA